CUUUACAGAUUUGUUCUAUCAUUCUUACUCUGACAGGCGCGCAGGCUUCUUUUGGGAACUUAAACGUGUCACUCUAGUACACCUAGGCCGGGCGCAAGGAGCCGGGCGCCCGAGCCAAAAUGGAGUAUUGGAGGCUUGUAAAAACGAGUACGAGACAGAAGAGUCUCGUUGUCAGAUUAAUGCGUGAUGUUGAGAGCAACCACUUCCAUAUACCCAUCGGGUUUGAUGCCCUCACAAGGUACCGGACGGAGGACCUUUCGCUGCAAUCGACGGCCCUGUCUCACCAGGUGGACCUUCCUGAAAAAACAUUUCUCCGUGCAUUUCUUGCGAAAUACCCGGAGGCCAAGAACGAGCCUGUCGCGCUAGGGUCGUUCACUCCAUCUAUGGCGCGGCGCUUCGUGCAACGCCAGAUGCAACUGAUGCGGGAGGGAAGCAACCAGGCUGCGGCCUUUGCUCAGGCAGAGCUCGACUUUUCCCAGCAGCUGCUGGACAUGCGCAGGCGCCAGCUGGGUUCUCUGUUUGGAUCUGACCCCCUGGAGCUGCAGCUGCAGCAGGAGCAGGAGCAGCUGGAUGAGGGGCUGGUGACGCUGGCGCAGCAGCGGCUAGAAGCGGGAGGCGGUGGAGAUUUGCAGGCACAUUAGCGCAGUUGCUACCAUAGCAUCACUGGAUGGGCGUCCAUGGAGUCCCUGGAGUAGUUGGGAUGCCUCCUAUCGGCGUCAGAUUCAUCGUCAUUGUCAUGUGCUGCGCGACGGGUGGAAUGCGGACGAUGGCCGCUGGAGAGGAGUUUUUAAGUGUUACGGAAAGCGACGGGGUAUGUUACCGGAAGUGAUACCAGAUGUGAGGUGUUAGCAGCCGCCUAGCCUACUUCCCGGCCACCUGGGGUUAUCCUUUGCCUACGUAGUGUGUUGUAGCGCACACGCAGUCUAACGUACAGCAACACACGUAUGUUUGUCGUCUUUACCACGGAACUCCAGGGCGGAGGGGUGUUAAUGGAGGGAUAGACAUGCGGGCUUUCGAGUACGACGCGCCCACUGGGACCCUUGUAUCUCCCUGAUUAUAACUUCAUAACGGACCAUCCGCACCGGAUAUGGACAGUCGGAAAUGGAAUGAUUACACUUGCGGUCGGCACCGGUGUCUACGACGCAAGCGGCAUAUCGGCUCGGAGACCUGGUCUCCGAGCCGAUACAUCCAGGACCAGGGCCGAGGACAUCCAGACCUGGUCUGAAUGUCAACACUCGACUUCGCAGCAUGGUUCCGACAGGGAGAGGGGCCUUGCGUGCCUCGCCUACCUUGGGUGCAGGGAAAACACAGACAUCGGCCCCUGAUGGCGUGAUGAGACCUGGAAAUGGGGACGUCGCAGAGCCUGUUGACGUCGGUGGUUCGUAGGCAAGAAGCACGGGGCGUGACUGACUGCAAAACACGUGUGCAUAUUCUUCUUCUUAGUGUGCAAGCUACGGCCGUGCUGCUUCUUUCCGUACGCAAGUACAGCCCUCUGUCACUAACGGCUUCUGAACGUCCCAGUACAGCACUCGACGAAUACUGGUGGUGUGGUUGUGCGACCGCCUCAUUUGGAAAGCCGCGACAGAGGCAGAGGCAGGCGUGACACUCUUGACUUCGUAAACUGAAUUUAAUCACAUGCGUGCGG